AUGUCUGUCAACCCCGAAUCCGCAACUCCCGCUCAGGGCGAGUUCCGCAGCAAGGUCGCCCCCUCCAAGCCUCUCACCACCAAGGGCCAUGCUCCUGGAGUCCUUGUAGGCAACGACGCCAAGCCCGAAUUUCGCGCUGAGCAGUACACCCCUGGCACUGCCCCUCCUGAGCACUCCUUCGAGCCUCAAACCUCAAGUGAAUAUCCCACGCAGGCCCCAGGCAUGGAGGGUGGCGUCUCUGCUUCCGACACUCUUCAAGGCGCCACUUCUGCAGAUGUCCACACUGGCCUCGGUCACCCCGGCUCCGGAAUGACAAGCCAGGAGGAGCAUGGUGGCAAGAGAAAGAAGGUCGGUGCUGGUCUCGAAGGUGUUGGUGCGAGCUUGACAGAUCCCAUCCACGACAAGGGAGCUGAUCGGGAACAUGAAACUGAUUAUCGGGGCAAGGGUGGUGAAGCCGCAGCCAACUACCCUGGCGCUGAGGAGAGAGUGGCUGCUAGUGCCGAGGAGGUUGCCAGUGAGCGGCGUUAG